AUGAGCUCGCAACGGCGGCAUGCGCGGAACGAGUCGUUUGGCGAGUUUGUGACGGCCGACGAGGAUACCGGGAACAUACACGUCGAGCCGGCGUGGCAGCACUCGCUCGAGCCGCAAGCAAGCCAGGUCGAGGUCACCGAGCUGCCCGAGCCGCGACAGCACAGGGUCCUGGACCUCCGUGAGGUGGAGCGUAAACUCGACGCAGAGCGGCAGAAGCAGGCCGACCGGCAGGAGGAGUCGGUCGCCAUGGCUGCGGCCGUCGAUCCGGGCCUGUCGCUCGUCGCAGAGCCGGUUGCGAUGCAAGAGCCGCCGCCCGAGCCAGAAGCGAGCACGUCGCAUGCUUCCCACUGGUCUGGGAGCCUGUGGAACAAGCUGUCAUCCAUUCGUGCCAUGGCCGACCUGCGCAACCUGGUCGACGAGGAGCCGCAUGCGCGCGAGCGGCGGCCAUCGGUCGUGCGCCGCGCCCAUACGAUGGAUGCGCCGAUCGCCGGCGCACCCGGCUUUGACGCGAGCGCCUCGCGGCGCUGGAAUACGGGGUCCUGGUCGCUGAGCGGCGCAGAGGAGCGGAAGCGCGAGCUGAAACCGAUCCCAGUAUCGCUCAUGGGCCGCCGCGACGACACCGAUGCGGUGUGCGAUACAUGGCACGCGGCGCGCAUCCAGGCGUCCCUGCCGCGCCGCCUGCGCCUCGGCAAGACGUGGCGGCUGCUCUAUUCCCUGGACCAGGAUGGCAGCAGCCUCGCAACGCUGUACGACAAGGUAGCACGCGCCAUGGACCCCAGGUACCGACGCACGCCGGUCGGUGGCGAGGCGUGGCUCCGGGGUUCGAGCCAGGCUGCACAGGAGGCAGCGCUCGGCGGCGCGUCGGACCCCGGCAUCCGGCAUGUGGGCAGCGGCGUCGCGCUGUCGGAUGCAGGGCUUGUCUUGGCGGUCACGGACGCAAACGGCAAUGUAUUUGGCGCAUUCAUCAACGAGCCGCUCAAGGUGGCUUCGCAUUACUAUGGAAACGGAGAGUGCUUCUUGUGGAAGACGGUACACCGGCGCCUCCCUUGCCCGCCGUCCGAGGCGGGCGGGGACGGGUCGGACGAGCACGAUUUGCAUCCGGACAAGGCCAUCGAGGUGUUCCGGUGGACAGGGCGUAAUGACUAUGUUGUCCUGUCCGAAUCCAACUUUCUCUCCGUCGGCGGCGGUGACGGGCGCUAUGGACUCUGGGUGGACGAUACCUUGGACCGCGGCCUGUCGGCCAAGUGCCCUGCGUUUAAUAAUGAGGUGCUUUGCAACUCGAUCGAGUCGGAUGCCGUACACGCGACAGACUCGAAAGAGGUGCCGACAGGCGACCUCCUUAGCGGGUUUAUUAACGAAGCACCCAUACCAGAGACGGGCAAGUUUCAAGUCAUGGGCGUCGAGGUCUGGGCCGUAGGCAUUGAUUAG